UUUAAAAUUUGGUUCAGUUCUUGCAAAUUAAAACCCACCCCCUCUGCUUUCACAGAAACCCUGUUUAGGGUUUUAGAGAAAGAUGGGUGGAGCAGGAGCGCCAGACUUCUUCUAUAGAGAAGCUCAACGCCUUGGUUAUGUUGCUCGUUCUGCUUUCAAGCUUCUUCAGAUACAAAAACAAUACAAGCUCAUCACCCCAGGCUCCUCCGUUCUUGACCUUGGUUGUGCUCCUGGUGCUUGGCUCCAGGUUGCUUGCCAGAAUUUGGGAUCAAUAAAGAAUGGUGGGUCUGUAGUAGGAAUUGAUGUCAAGAAGGUGAAGGUUCCUUCUCUGCAUUGUGAUGCCAGAGUUAAAACUUUUUGUGCUGAUGUAAUGAACCUCCCCAAACAUCAAGUUAAAGCGCUUUCUCCUCAGCAUGAAGGGUUUUCAGUGAUACUCUCAGAUAUGUGUCCCCCAGUUUCUGGAAUCACGACUAAAGAUGCAGCUUUGUCUGUGGAAUUAGGGAUGCAAGCUGUAGAUCUGGCUGUUGGUGGGGCAGCCUCAGCUUAUGCUGGUGGUGAUACUGAACCGAACGAGCUGUCAGAUUCAGCUUGCGGUGCAGAUGAUAAUGGCAUAUUGCAAGCAGGGGGCCACCUAUUAGUUAAGCUUCUAGAGAGUGAGGAUAUCCAAGGUGGGAUUAACUUUUAUGUUGAUAACCAUUACUGUGUCUUACAAUGUGUUUCCGACUUACAUUUUGGUUCUUGCUUUGUAGAAUUUAGCCGUAUUUGCAAGCCGCUGUUCAGAAAGGUCUCGUGGUUGAGGCCGAAGGCUACAAGAUCCUCAUCAAGAGAGAUUUAUUUGAUUUGCCAAGGUUUAAAGUUGUGAAUACAUUCAAUUUUGUUAAGGUCAUUGUUUGACAUAAACAUAAUGAUAUUGCAAGGUUACAUUCAUGGCAUUUGGUAAGAAAUCAUUGUCCUAGAAAUAAACGAACUUCAUGGUGUCAAAUUCCCAGUA